AUGGCUUCAGUUUCUCACUAUUUCUUGCUAGCUCUGGUCUUUCUGGAUUCACAUGCAGCUCAGCCAUCCUGUCUGCCAGGAUGUACCUGCUCAGAGGAGAGUUUUGGCAGGACUCUGCAGUGCAUGUCUAUCACUUUGGGAAAGAUCCCAAGGAAACUUCCUGAAGAGUUCAAGCAAGUGAGAAUUGAAAAUUCACCCUUAUUUGAACUGCCCCGUGGGUCUUUCAUCAACAUGAGCACCUUGGAGUACCUUUGGCUCAAUUUUAACAAUGUCACUGUGAUCCACCUAGGAGCCCUGGAGCACCUGUCAGAACUGAAAGAGCUGAGGCUGGAGGGGAACAAACUCCGUUCAGUACCGUGGACAGCGUUCCGUGCCACCCCGCUCCUGCGGGUCUUGGACCUCAAACACAACAGGAUUGAUGCACUCCCUGAACUGGCUCUUCAGUUCUUGGUCAACCUGACCUACCUUGACCUAUCCUCCAAUAGGCUUACAGUUGUAGCCAAGAGUGUCUUCUUGAACUGGCCAGCCUACCAGAAACACCGGCAGCCUGGCUGUGGGGUCGAGAUUCUCUCCAGCAUGGUGCUGGCGCUGCACGACAACCCCUGGUUAUGUGACUGUCGCCUAAGGGGACUUGUCCAGUUUGUAAAGUCCAUCAGUCUUCCAGUAGUCCUGGUGAAUCCCUACCUCAUGUGUCGAGGUCCUCUCUCCAAGGCAGGGCAGCUUUUUCACGAAACAGAGCUCAGCGCUUGCAUGAAGCCGCAGAUCUCAACCCCCAGCGCCAAUGUCAGCAUCCGGGUGGGACAGAAUGUGACCCUGCGAUGCUUGGUACAGGCUAGCCCCUCACCAACUAUUGCCUGGACUUAUCCCCUGAGCACGUGGAGGGAAUUUGAUGUGUUGACCUCGUCUACUGCAGAAGAUGCUGCUCUGUCGGAGCUGGUCAUACCUGCUGCCCACCUGGUCGACAGGGGCAGUUACACCUGUGUAGCCUCCAACUCCAUUGGCAGGAGCACCUGUGUCAUCUCCCUCCACGUCCAGCCCGCCCAGGCCCCGCCCACACUCCAUCCUCUUUUCUCCAUGUCGGAGGGCAAUGCCUACGUUGACCUGCGGGUGGUUAAGCAGACAGUGCGUGGGAUCGUGCUGGAAUGGUUUGUGGCAGCCGACACCCCUGAGAAGUGGUUCACCCUCUACAUUGGGUCAGAUGAAGCCCUCAGGAAGGAGGUUGUUCAUGUCGGCCCGGGAAUCAGCACAUACUUGGUGGAUGAUCUCCUCCCUGGCACAAAAUAUGAGGUCUGCCUUAGCCUGGGGCGCCGGCCCCCCCGCCAGGGCCGGUGUGUGGUCUUUGUGACGGGCCGAGACCACGGCGGGCUGGAGGGACGGGAGCGCCUCCUGCACACCACGGUGAUCCUGUGCGCCGUGCUGCUCGCGGUGCCUGUGGGCGCCUAUGUCUGGGCAGUCCAGGCUCCCUGCAGCUGCAGGGAGCGGGGCCUGCGCUGCUGUCCUCAUCGCAGGAAAGCCCCCAGGUGCCCCCUGGCAGUCCCAGAGCACAGGGAUGUCUCCUACGGAGACCACACAGCUGUCUGUGAAGACGGCCUGGGGCACAGAGAUGCUGAGGGGGAGGGGGACGAGGAGAGAGAUGGAGAGGGAGAUAGUGGCCCGGGAGGAAUGGUGUGGGCCUCCAGCCCCUAA